UGUUAUGUAGUUGAAAUUCUAUUAAGCUUAAGUGCAAAAGUGAAUAAAUAUACAGUACGAAAUUGAAAAUCGAAAAUUUUAAAGGCUCAUAUUUCAGUUAUUGGUCUAGAAGAGAUUGAAGAUGAGGAUGAAGAUGUUGCGAAUAAAAAGACGCAACAAACCAAUAAGGACGAAAAAAAAGAGUAGAUUAAAAUGUAGUUGACUGUUUGAUUACACUGAUUUCCUCUGACUUAAGGUUACUUAAUUGCGAACAACCGCACAUUUAUAUAUGUAUGCAUGUACAUGUAUGUGUUUGGAAUAAACUCAACGCUUGCCGCGCAACAAACAACCCUGUUCUUGUGCUUGUGCACGGAAAAACCACCCCUAUGGGGACGCUUCCCCCAAUUGGGUUGUCAACUUUUGUGGUAUUCUGAAAAAGGCGUCGACAGAGGCGAGUGCAGAGUACGGAGUACGGAGUGCAGAGUUUGAUGCGCCCUACACUUUAAUAAGAAAGUUCCGCUAUUUAAAAAAAGAGUGUCGCAAUAUUUUCACAAAGAUAUGUUUUAAAAUUGGUGAAAGGCUCCCAAAACACGACCGAUUCCAACUUCGGCAAAGAUAAGCAAACAAAACGCAAAAAGCGAAACGCACACAAAAGAUACCUCCUCUAUAACUAUUUACAUAUAGAGACACAACACACACACACACAACCACACACACACACAUACACGAAGAGGAGUCGCGAGUGGGGGGUGCAGCCAUGGCUGGCGUGGCCGGGCUGGGGGUUGGCCGGGUUGGGUGCAGGGGUUGCCAAACUUUUGUAUAUGUGUUUGUUGCUGCCUUCGGCCUGUGCGUGUUAUUAUUUACAUGCGAGGCGGAUGGCAACUCACAGAAUGCCAUCGACAUGGAGGAGCCGGCGCGACGCCACCAUCAGCGGCACCACAGCGACCACGAGCGCGAUCGGGAACGUGGUGAACGCGAGGAGAAGGGCUACUGUGCCCCAUACAAUGGCAAAGUGUGCAAACAGUUCAUCACUGGCCCCGUGUGGUACAGCCUAGAGGAUCCGACGGGUGGCUGGCGCAACGAGCAAAUCACCACAGCGCUCUGGGAUGAGCUGAUAGUCGACUUGACCGGCCUUUGCCGUGAGGCAGCCGAGAAAAUGCUGUGCGCCUAUGCCUUUCCGCGCUGUCAUGUGGAGAACGGACGGGCCAUUAAGGCGCCACUCUGCCUCGAGGAUUGCCAGGCGACCCAUCUGCAGUUCUGCUACAAUGACUGGGUGCUGAUUGAGGAGAAGCGGGAGCGCAACAUGUUCCUCAAGAGUCGCGCUCACUUCAGGCUACCCAAUUGCACGGCGCUGCCGCAUUACGAUGCUAGCAUGCGGCGUUCCAGCUGCUCCUACAUAGGACUAACCGAGAUUAAGGAGUCGGAGGUCAGCUAUGACUGUCGCAAUGGCAACGGCCGCUACUAUAUGGGUACGAUGAAUGUGAGCAAGUCGGGCAUACCCUGCCAGAGGUGGGACACCCAACAUCCGCACAAGCACAUUCAGCCGCCGCUGGUUUUCGCCCAGCUGACCGAGGGCGAGAACUACUGCCGCAAUGCAGGUGGUGAGGAACCGCAGCCCUGGUGCUACACUCUGGACGAAUCUGUGCGCUGGCAGCACUGCGACAUUCCCAUUUGCCCUGACUAUGUGGAUCCUAGUGCCAAGGAUCUGAAUACGCCCAUUAAGAUGGAGGAGUUUUUCACACCAUCCAUGAUAUUUCUGCUGGCGGGCAUUGGCUUCAUUGGCAUUGUGGCUCUGCAUCUGAUCAUACUACUCGCCUACAAGCUGUCCAAACACAAGGAUUACACGCAACCAUCGCAGGCAGCGCACGGCGAAUGCGGUGCCUCCGUGCGAGGGGAUUGCAAUUUGUCUGCCAGUCGCGAGACGCUCGGCUCAAACGCUUUUGCCGCCACGAACGCCACGAAGUGCGGCACCAUAAGGAGCACCGCAACCAUUCACAGCAACUGCAUCAUGCUGACCACCACUGCAGCGGUGCAGGAGCCCAAGACGAAAUUGAAUGCACGCCUCGAGAAGCUAGAGUAUCCGCGUGGAGAGAUUGUCUACGUACGCUCGCUGGGCCAGGGCGCCUUCGGGCGCGUCUUUCAGGCCAAGGCGCCUGGCCUAGUGUCGGGCAAUGAGGAGCUGCUGGUGGCCGUCAAGAUGCUGAAGGACGAUGCCAGUGAUCAGAUGCAAACAGACUUUGAGCGUGAGGCCUGCCUCCUGGCUGAAUUUGAUCAUCCCAACAUUGUAAAGCUGCUCGGCGUCUGCGCUUUGGGUCGACCCAUGUGUCUGCUCUUUGAGUACAUGUCGCCGGGGGAUCUCAGUGAAUUCUUGAGGGCCUGCUCGCCAUAUGCGACUCACCAGGCGCAGCCGCGCAAUCGACAGCAGCUGGAGGAGCUGCAGCUGCUCCACAUGGCCGCUGAUGUUUCCGCCGGCAUGCUGUUCCUGGCCGAGCGCAAGUUUGUGCAUCGCGAUUUGGCCACGCGCAACUGCCUCAUCAACGAGCAGAUGCAGGUGAAGAUCGCGGACUUUGGUCUAUCGCACAAGAUCUAUCUGCAGGAUUAUUACAAGGGGGAUGAGAACGAUGUCAUACCCAUACGCUGGAUGCCCAUCGAAAGCAUUCUCUACAACAAGUUCUCACUGGAGUCGGACGUGUGGGCCUUUGGUAUCUGCCUGUGGGAGAUCUUCUCCUUUGCCCUGCAGCCCUACUACGGCCUCACGCACGAGGAGGUCAUCAAGUACAUAAGGGAGGGCAACGUACUCGGCUGUCCGGACAAUACGCCGCUGUCCGUCUACGCCCUGAUGCGCCGCUGCUGGAACCGCAAGCCCAGCGAGCGACCAGGCUUCGCGGAGAUCAAUCAUUGCAUUCAGCACAGCAUCGCCGAGUGCGAGUGCAAGGCGAUGCUCUAGAAUCCACAUUCUAGACUCCAGUCAACCACAGCUAACCGAAAUUAUUCCGUCAUAUUUCAGCCAUU